UCCGGAAGACGACACAGCAUGACGGAACUGUUGUUGGUGCCGAAUUAAUAACAUUAUUGUUUUAGGUACGGUAGUGGAACUUCAUAAUGUUGUCGAAUAACAGGCAAACAUAGCGACGGAAGUGAAGGUUUUUCCCACUGUUUGGUAAGUUGGAAGUCGGUCAUUUCAGCGUCGCGUUUUGGAUUCAAAGUCCAUGCAAACAUAACCUAGCUGCUCCACAUAUUAAAGUGCUGCAGCUCAUCGGAGGCUGGUUCAGGGUCAUCAUGGGCAAUGGAAUGAAUAAGGUUGUCGACGGGCUCUACCUUGGGAAUAUAAGAGAUGCAGAAAACAGAGAAAGUCUGUCUAAGAAUGGCAUCACCCACAUCCUGUCUGUGUACAACAAUGCUAAGCCAGUGUUUGAGGACAUGACGUACCUUUGUAUUCAUGCAGCUGAUGCUUCCAGCCAGAAUCUACUACAGCAUUUUAAAGAGUGCAUCAGCUUCAUCCAUGAAUGUCGCUUGAAUGGUGGCUCUUGUCUUGUUCACUGCCUUGCAGGUGUGUCCCGCAGCACUACCAUGGUGGUGGCCUACCUGAUGACUGUCACACACCACAGCUGGGAAGAUUGUCUGUCUGCUGUCAAGGCUGUUCGCUCUUUUGUCGGCCCAAACUAUGGCUUCCAGCAGCAGCUGCAGGAGUACCAAACGACACAAGUCUCAGAGUACCGAGCAUGGUUAAAGUCCAGUUUCCGUCCCAGUCCAUUCAAUGACCAGGAGCAGGUGGGGGCCCUGCUGAGCCAGUACACAGAGCAACAGGCGAGCCAGAGGAGAGGAGCAGACCAGCGCUGGAUAAAUCAGGGUGUAGGUGCUCUGCCGUCUAACUCUGAUGAUCCUGAAGGUAGCACCUGAAACAACGGCCUCUGGCCAUGCUAAAGUCCUGCCCAAUUCUGUCUGGAAAUGGCAGUAGCUGAUAUUCUGUACUCAAUUCCAAAUCAACCUUUAAGUUAUAUCCAACUUUAAGGCCUUUGUAUAACACUGAAAGCAUAAGAUGAAACAAAUGCCCCCUUAUAAGCCAAGCCUUUUUUUUUUUUUUUUUUUUUACAUUACUUUUUUUUGCAUCAUAGUCAUUUUCAAGCAGUGGAGGUUGAUUUAGAAUUGGGCUACUGACUCUAUUCACUACCAGUACCUCCCAUGCUCCCUUAAAGUGUACAGCCACAACAGGGGUAUCGGUGCUCACAGACGCCUUACUCUAAACACCUCAGCACCUUAGCCAUGAUGAAUACACCAUACUUCCAUGUGGUCACUUUACACUGUCAGUGUCCAGCUUGUUAGCCUUAAAGAUGUGACGGAUAAAUGCUGUCUUAAAGGAACAUUUUGUAUCUAAUUAUGAGGAUGACCCCUCUUUACCCUCUGACAACGAAAUUCACAAAUCUACAACUACUUUGACUGCAAUUAUUCUUACCAGUUAUUCUGACGUGUACCAGUUUGCAGUCCUGUCCACGCUCUGAAUAGUAAACUCUUUGAUCAACACUGCAGCUUUGGAAGUAAGCAUGCUUGUCAGGCUAACAGCAUAAACUUAAUGCAUAUAGAAAUAAAGUACCUCCCACUGAAACAAGCGCUACUGCUUGUCAAAUGUGUAGACACAAUUAACAUUGCAUGCACCAGUAAAAUACACAAUAACGAAACAAUGAUGCUGGCCACUUACAGAUGUUACAAUAAAUAUAUUACUGUUGCACAUCACUGCCCACGUAGUAAACAACAUUUGUUUACACCCAGUUGAAUGUUGUUCUUUCAGUGUAGUUGGUACUUUUUGUUUUAUUUGGGUCCUCUCAUGCUGUGUGUACGCUAUAUGUACCCUCGUCUGCAACAGAAUCCGUCACCAACAAUCCACAGUGAAACAUAGUGAGUUGAUAUCAGUUAACAUUGGCAGAUAGCCGGGGAGGAAAAGCUGUGAGUUGGUUCUGUCAGUUCCCAGCAGCUUUGUCCCAGCUAACAAAACUGCUGCUGACGCAUCUCUUAUCAAGCAGAGCAGCAGUUAACCCUAACCCGGCAACUGAUAUCAGAUAAGCCAGGGCUGCCAUUUGUUAACAAACUGUGGACUGAUUCAUAUCAUGGCCAUUUAGAGACAUGCAUCUAAGAGAAAUAUCUGGAGUAAGUUUCAAAAUUGGCAAAAGGUUCCUUUAAGUAAUACAUAACAGGGAAGCUACAUAAAGUAUUGCUGAGUAAAACUAUAACUACAUAUGAAGGACCUCUGCAAGUCUUCCUGAUUUUACUGAAGCUCUGGUUAUCUUUUUAUCUUUUUUGUGACAAAACUGAUUUUGAGGGAAUAUGUGUUAUAAAUUCAUGGGUAACGUUAAUUUUUUUAAUUGUGUAUUUAUGGAGUUUUUUUUUUUUUGGUUUUAUAAUAAAAUGCA